UACCCAAUCAAGACCUUUCCUUUCUCAAUCUUGCACUCGAUGUGCUGGGACAUCUAGGCACAGUCAGGCCUGGCUCCUGGGUCUCUCUGUCCUCUAGCCGCCCUGCACCCCUCCCUCCAGACACCCUAGCACAGGGAGAGGGUGAUAUGACCCGGGAGGUCCUACCCCUGCUGCUGGUCCCACUGCUGGCCUCAGGCUCCUGGGCUGAGUUAAUGUGGGCCAUACGGGACCAGGCAUUCUCUGUGAAGUGCCCAUAUGACCCCCAGCAAGAUGGGUAUCAGAACAAAACCUGGUGUAAGGAAACGAGACCGGGUCAUUGCUCGAGGUUAGUCACCAGCACCAGUCCCCAGGUAGUGGCCCAAAGCUCUCCACAUUUCAUCUGGGACAACCCUGCUGCUGGCUUCUUCAUUGUCAUCGUAACAGAGAUCACAGAGAAGAGUUCAGGAGCCUACUGGUGUGGAAUAUACAGAGAGUCUAUGCGAAGGAUCUUUAUUCUCAGAAAUAUCAGCCUGGUGGUGACUUCAAUGACAAGCAGUUCAACCUUCAUCAGUGGCUCUGAGGACUGCCCGCCUGACAGCACUUUCGUGGUGCUGUUGUGUGGACUCCUCGUGAUCAAAAUCCUGGCUUUGACAGCCCUCCUCCUGUUCCUGACCUACAGAGCCCAGGUCUCCGUCGGCAUUAUGGGAGGUGCAGUAGUGGCAGCGCCCAGCCCCACCAAGACCCCAGGGCCCUUGGGCACUCCCCACUGAGUCUACAGGCCCUCCACCUCCUUCUGAUCCUCCACGACCACUGAGACCUAGGGCCCCCAAGAAAAAGCCAUUCCUGUGUUUCUGGAAGACACCUCCCAGGACCUGAAUCUACCACUGUAGAGUCUACCACCUUUCACCCCAGAGCUGAGGACCCCACGGUGCCUUCUCCAGCACCAUGUCCACAAAGCAGGAACCCACCACCUGUGAGACUCUCCCUGUGCAUCCAGUGGACCAAACCCAACUGGUAGGCACCCUCCCCCUAGCCUGCGCCUCGCCCUCCACUCUCAGGUUACCUGUUUCUCUGCCAGCUCAUGGUUCAGUUGGUAUCCUGGUCACCGAUGCCACUGCAGUCAACUUCGGUUCCUUAUUUCUCCCGAUAUGGGAAAGAUCCUUCGUUCACACCAUAGACAAAUGUAAUAUUUGCUAUUUCCGAAAAGGACACAAAUUUUAAAAGUAUAUGACCCUGAGUGAAAAACAUUUCCAUCUUAUAUGUCGGAUAAAAGGGUCAACAGCUUUAGUGUCUAAACAUCUUUCUCUUAAAUAAUUAAGAAUCAGGCAAACGUUUCCAUUUCAAAAAGGGCCACGGCUACAAACAAGUCAUUCAUUACACAAUAAGGAACAAAUAAUAUGUAUGAACAUGUGUCCAAAAUGGCUGAUAAUCAAAGAAAUGAGAAAUGAAGCAAGACCCCAUGCUUUGCCUAUCAGUUCAAAGAAGAUUAAAAUAAGUGAUCAUCACAUCCCGGGCUGGAGAUGUGUGGGGAAAAGAGAGUUCUCGUGAAUUGUUGGAAGGACAUAAUUGAUAGCUUCUUUCUGGAGGGGCAGUGUGGUGAUGAAGCAAAAGGCAGACCGAGUAGUUCAUUCAUCCAUUCCACCGGCCACGGACAUUUGGGUUCUUUCACAUUUGGGGCUGUUGUGAACAAAGCUGCUAUGAACACUCAAAGAAAAAAAGGCCGAAAAAGGAAAACAAAAGAAAGAGGCGCCUGGCUGGUGAAGAAACAGUUUUAAACACUCUUCUAAGUACUGUGACAUGUGUCAUGAUGGCUGGUGUUUAAAAAGGAAAAUAAUGGUAUGUCCCCUAGAUAUCAACUUUAAAAAGUAUGCCAACUAUUCUUGAGUGAAAGAGGCAAAUAAAAAAAAUGAAAAGGCGAAUCAUU